UCGUUGCAAAAGCAUGUGCAAGCCGCGUAGAGGAUCAUCGCCGACCGGCCCCACAGAUCCCAAACUGCCAUGUCCAAAAUGGCUGCGCGCUGGUCCUUUUCUCCCGGCUGACGAGUUGCCCAUCCGGCCGGUGCAACCCCAUGCACGCAGCCAGCCUUGCGCUUGGGGCAUGCUGAUGAAGAGCCUUUGGACCAGGCCAUGGGGGUUAUGGCGCCCCCCAGUUGCAUCGUUCACCCUCAUGGUGCUUCUCUGCCUAUUGUGGUUGGCGGGCGUAGACGAAAGCUUGGCGUUAUCACCCAACCUCCUGUUGAGCAGCCCUUUCCAAGUGUAUCGCCUCAUGACCUACUGCCUGUGCCUCACGGAGACUCCCUUGUUCAUCCUCAACCUGCUCCUCUUUCCGUUGCUGAGUUGGCCUCAGGAGCGACGCCAGGGCACCCUGCGCUACCUCCACUCUUCGGCACUUGGCGCUUUCGCCUCGGCCCUCCUCUACCUCCUCCUAGCUUGGCUGCAGGGUGCUCAGGCCGGCUCUGCUGUUGGGGGCUACACCCCCGUGCACCUGGCCUUGCUGGGGUGCCCCCAAGGGCGUCGGAGACAGGGGGCUCCCCAGAAGUGGGCUUCCCCUCCUCUGCUGGCUGUGCUGCUGCUGGGUCUGAGCUGGAUUCUCUCCCCCAGCUCUCCUUUCCUCCUGCAUCUGAGUGGGCUGCUCACGGGCCUGGCCUUCUGGGCCGGGGUCUUCUCCCCGCUGGAAUUAUCAGAGAGACGCCUGGAAAAGCUGCACGGCGGAAUCAUCUUUAAGACCCUCCCGGGGAGAGGCUCUUUCCUCCACUUCGUCCUGCCCCCGGCAGAACCUGCUGAAAUCCUCCCCACCGCCGACCCAGCCGCCAGGAGGGACAGGAUUCUUCGUUCUCCGGAGUCGCCAACCCAAGCGUUCCCCCCAGCAGAUUCCCCUACGCAGCCUCUCUUUCUGGCUUCGCCACCUGCCUCUUACUGGAGUGGAGAAACUGCAGCGCUGGAGCAGGAAUGCAGGCAGUCAGUUGCUGCUGGUUCCCUGCCUCCCUUCCCCGCCCACCACGGGGCUUUGAGCCCUCCUUUCUCGGCCCUCCAAAGAUCCCUGAUGGAUGAAGAGCUGCUCCGAGCUGGGAUCCAGGCUUCUCUGCAGGAUAUGGUGGAGGAAGAGGUGAAACUUUACAAAUCUUCGGUUUCUUCUCUCCGGCUCCAGCAGCUCCAGAAAAUGGGCUUCCCAACCGAGCGAGCAGUUGUGGCACUGGCAGCCACAGGCCACGUGGAGGGUGCUGUCUCACUGCUGAUCGGAGGCCAUGUCGGAGACCAAGCCGUGGUGACGGCAGAGAGCCGAUCCGCUCAUCGCUAGCGACUUCCGGGCACCAGCCAGCGAGUGGACAGAGGUUGGCAAGCCAGCCCAAAUGGUGCCAGCGUCCAGGCAGAAAACCAGCCACGGCUGGUGGAGUUGAGCGGUGAUUCGCUGUGGACUCAACUGAGAAGGAAGGAAAGCGGAAGGUGGGCGAGACCCACCAUUGAAGCCAACGCCAUCCUGCUGCUAUGGGGUGGCUGCCGUACAGCCCAGCCAGGCUGGCGCGGCAUGAGGGCAAGAGUAAGAGACGAUGCACGUAUCUCAAGGGCUGAAAGUCACUUGGGAAAUCCUCCAAAAGGGAACCCAGUGGCUUCUUCCAUCCCAUCCUGGGGAUUCUUGGAAUAACAAAAACAGAGGUUUCUCCUGAUUGCAGUCGUUUUUCCACGUGUUCCAUGGGUGUUUGUGGAAACCAUCUCCCAAGACGUGUCAGGAGGUGGUGGGAACACGGGCAAAGGCCUCCCCCAACGGCCAAUCCGUCUGGGCUGCCACCCAUUAGGCAUUCGUGAGAAAGGGACCUCUCUCCGUGCCUAUGAGCUCCGCCACUCACCUGGGAGUUGUAGCAGGGAUCUCAGUUCCGGGGUUCGGAGUUUGACCAAAAGCAUCCGGAGCUCAAAUCUGGGCCUUUCCCAUGCAGCCGCUUUGAAGGGGGC